GCUCCAUUGAUUGUUGGAUAUGUAAUUCUUUACUUUAGCGUGUAAUAUAUGGUGCAGUUCUAGCCUUCUAGGGGAAUGUUGAGAUUCAUCAAAAGGAGAGCCACACCAAGGAUCUUUCCAAAAUCAGAAUGACUCACCAAUGACCAUUUCCAUAAAAAAUUACUACUAGAGACUAAAAACAAAAAAUAAUAUAACUAAUUACAUGGACCAAGUAAUAAAUAUUUAAACUCUAAAAAAAACAAAGAUUUAGCUUAUUUUUCGAGAAGGGCUUCAUUUCAGAACAGUUUCAGAGAGCAUGGAGAAAUCGGACAAACACUCAAUUGUCGACCAAAUUUUAGAUCAACUCUACACCGUCGGUUACGUCGAUGCCACAGAUUCCGAUGCACCGCCGUCGCAGAAAAUCGCCGCCGCUCUCUCCUGGAUCAUCUCCGCCCUCAACACCAACACAAUAUACGAUGAUAACAACACGCAGUGCAUCGAAGAAUCGCUAAGAUUAAUUGGAUGUCCAUACUCUCUUCGAUCAUCUCAUAUUCAAGAUCUUGAUACUGAUUCUCUUUUCCCUGUUAUUCAAUGGCUUACUUCAAACCUAAAAUCAACACAACAACACCGUUGUUUCAGUGAGGUCUGUCACGAUGAAGAUACUACUAUUGAAAAUGAGGAUGAACCUAAUACUACUUCGAUAAACACAUUGAGUCACAAUUUGGAUGAUCUGAAUCACCAAAAGAUGAAUGUUGUGGAGAAGUUAGAUCAGCUACGGGAGAGAAUCAAUAAGGAAGGUGCUGAUUCUGCUGUGCAGAAGUUGUACACUUUAAUGAUGUCUUUGAAGGACCUCGAAAGGAAGGAAAAUCACUUUCUGUUCGACCGUGAUUCUAAGCAUUCAGAACUUCAAGCCGUGAUUAGUGCACUAGAGAUAAAAAUAGCAAAUGACCGUAAUGAUAGCAAGAGCCUUACUGAUGGGCUUCAUCAUUCUUUUAGUGAAUCACUUGAAAGAGUCAAUUUGAUGAAAAAGGAACUUGCUGCAAGACUAAGGGAUGUAGUUGCAGUAAGACGACGUAUUGAUGACCUACCAUGCCAAUCCGAAAUUGUCCAGUAUGUUUGUUUCUUUUACCUUUCACUUAUUCAUGAUUUCCAUUGUCUUUAUACUCUGUAAAACUCCUCCCUGAAUGAGAUCACUUUGUCCUUUACUGGGUUCUAAAUAGGUGCAAGUGUGCAACUAAAUUUCAUCCAUGGUAUUUUUGUUCUUCAAAUUUCAUUUGCACGUGUUUCCAGCGUCGUUAUGCUGACACACUAUGUUGAAUGGGGUUGAAUACAUGCAGUAUCUGAUUCCAAUUUGGUGCUAUUAGCACUCACUUUCAACUUGAGGCGCAGAAAAUAAAAACUAAGUGAAUAUGUUGUGGAUCAUUUUUUUUAUACUAACGUAUAUUCUCAAUUUCCACAAUAUUAAUGUCUCCCAAACUAAAUUUUAUAGAAAGAAAGAAAACACGUCCCUGAUUAAUCUUAUAUUUCAUUUAAUCGGACAGGAAAUUUUCUUAU